GUUUUUUAACUUCCCGUUCAUGUUUUUAAUAAAACAGAAAAUUACCGUUUGGCGGUCACGCGCGAACACGUUAGCUGCGAACAGGCAUAUUCUGGGAAGGAAACUUUGUGUAAACGUAUUACAUAGCUCCCAGAAGAAUAAAAUCACCAUUUUUUCAAGUAAAACGGUCUUUUUUAUAGAGAGUUUUUCCACUAAACUCGGAAAAAAUUUAAAAAAAAAAAAAAAAAAAUUGGAGGUCGGGGACUUUUAUCAGGUCGGGCGGGGACGCUAAACAAGUAAUUUUUUUUAUGUGGCCUUAUUUUGUAAAUCGUAUUUACGAAAUUCAUUCGGAAGUUCGUUCCGAAGUUCGUUUCGAAGUUCACGCCCAACUUCCCAAAUAAGGAAUGUACUUCGGAAGUUCCGAACGAACUUCGGAAUCUUACGGUGAAAAGUCAGCUGAAAUUGACUGUAAUGUAAUUUAAGUAUUGAAGUAAUGUUUUAGGGAAUGCAACUUCAAAUUUUAGCAGGAUGUCAUAAUUUGAUCUAUAUAACUAAAAUUUACUGCAUAACUUGUCCACAAAUUUAAGCAAAGUAAUGCACUAUUCUCCGAUCCAAGUUGACAUCAUCAAUUUUUCCAUCUUAGUAUCAACAGAUUUUUGCAAAAAAUGGACCUCUGCCCUCUGGAUUAGAAUUAUCAUGUCCAAAUUAGUCUAUACUGAGCAUUUCUCAAUGUUUGGACAUUCACUGUGCGAAUUCUGACAUUUUGAACAUUUUUUCCUUGAAAGUGAAAAUUGAUAAUGAGAACUCAAAUUGGAGAAUAUGUUGAUGUUCAACAAAACGGUUGUGAAAUCUGACAAAAGCUUUGUGUACAAAUGUCUUGUUGUGGCAAUGUUUUCAGUGUUAAUAUGUUAUUUAACGCUGUCAUCAGACAGAUUACAAUUCAAUAAACAGUAGAUAUUGUAUUAUAAAUUCGUAAAAUUAUACAUUAUUUUACAGGAAGUCAUCGCUCUUACAUCUGACCUAGUACAACUAAAUGAGGUUUGUUACACUUACAUACAAAUAUUUCAUUUUGUUUCAUUCUUGAUAAAUCAAGCCAUUUUUCAGCUAGAUGAUAUCUUUGCAAUGUGUUCAUCAAUCUGCUUCCCAAUUUAUUAUAAUUGCAUAGAAAUUUCCAAUUCCAAUCACAAAAUUUAUAUCUUUUAUCACCAGCUCAACGACAAAAUAUAACACAAAAUAUGAAAGAAGUCUUACCUUUUUUGUUUUCCAAGCAAGCAUAAGAAAAUCGAACUGAAAAAAAAACAUUUAAUGCAUUUGAACUCAGCAGUAUUUCAUAUACUUCCAAAUCUAUGGCAGAUUUGAAAUGCACAGAAUUCUUAGCUGUUCUUGUGCAUGCACAGCAACCCUCGAAAUUUGCCUCGGCACUCGGCAAUUGCCGACGCAAAUGCCGAGGCAAGUCACGAUUUUUCAUAGUUUGCCUCGGCAAAAAAAAUGCCGAGGCAAUUACAUCCUUUGUACCUUAAUUUACAUACUACAGCGUCUGUUCGUUUUUUUGCUUAAAUUUACAAACUACAGUGUUUGUUUUUGUACCACAUUUUUGUUCGAAUUGUUGUCAUCGACGUUGGGUGAACAACAGAAGAUUACAAAAUUUUAUUAUUAAAUUUGAGCUUUUCAGCGUCGGUCGGCUUCAGCUGAAAUAAAGAACAAUCUCGAUGGUUUACUGUAAAGACGGAACGUCGAGAAACUUUGUUUUAUCUUUUAGACUGUCGCGUGAUUACCGUCAAAUUUAUUCUUUCAUACUAUUUGUUGUUAAUUACCACUAACUUUUAAAAACAUUUUGAAUCAGGAAUUUGUAAAAUAACAACAAAUUGUCAAACAUCAGAAUCUACGCUCGGUAUAAUAUUUGUUUACAAUAAUUUCCGUACUUUAAUUACAAUUGUCGAUGUGAAUGCCGAAGGUGAUUUCAUUGCGUGUGCCUCGGCAAAAAAAAAUUGCCGAGGCAAACUCGAAAAUUAUUGAAACACUUCGGCAAUUAUUUGCCGAAGCAAAAAUAGUUGAAUUUCGAGGGUUGCACAGACAAAUUGCACCUAAGUUGCAAUGGGGUAUUACAUUGAAUAUUGCUUUGUUAGGGUGGCAGCAGUAGUAGCAGUAGUAAGGGUGCCAAGGAACCGUCGGCACAGCCAACAUCAUCGUCAAAGAACCAGUCUGGUUGGAAGGAAGGUGAUUCAUGUCAAGCCAUGUGGAGUGAAGAUGGAUGGUGAGAAUUGUGUUAGUUUAGGCCAGACUUUGUACAAUCCAUGUUUCUGGCAUAGCAGGAAACCAAGGCUGGAUUUUGGUGGAAAUAGUGGGGGAGGUGGAAAAAAUUUAGGGGAGGUGCAGCGGUCUAGCUUACGACCCCCAUGGAGGGUUAGAACGUGACAUAUGCAUGUAGUCAAAAUCUUAGCUAGAUCUGGGCCGUGUUAUCACGGCUAAAAAUGGAAAAACACGGCUAGAUAAAAUGAACGCGGCUUCAUUAUUAAAUAAUAUAUAAGGCCGUGUACAUUCAUAUAAUAAGAUGGUGCUACUUACAACAGACAGAAUUUCUUUCUAUUUACGUCAUAAGAACGUUUGUAAAAUCUAUUGUUGUUGUUGAAAUUAGCAAAAGUGAUCCGUGAUGUUUUAAUGUUUUGAUGGAUAAUGGAAUUGUAUGGUGUUAAAGUGGUUUUAAGUUUUAAAUACACCCAAGAGUUGCUGAAAUGACUUAAUGUUUUAAUGACAGUACGCAAUAUGAGUAUAUGCUCGCCUUGUAUUUGGUUGCAAAGCAUAGAACCACCGCAGGCAUUGUCCGGUGUUGUAGAACCGUGAAUUUGGAUAUGCAAGAUAAUUGACAUGUACCACACCCUGGUUAUUUAGAAACACGCCCUGGUUAUUUAGAAACACGCCCAAGAUCUAAAAUCCUAGCUAAGACCCUGCAUGUAGUGUACAUAUGUAUCCAGUGUAUUAAUGAAUUAUGACUGUACAACUCAUCCAAUUUUGCUCUUCAUUACAAUUACUACAAAAUUUCUUUCAAAACAUUCCAUUAAAAGGAUACUUGACACCGAGAUGAAUGGCUAUCAUUGUUUCAAUUUUACAGAAAAACUUUCUUACAAAGUGUAGACCUUAAUUAAGCAACCAAAAAAUGACAAAUUUUCACUCUGAUCUAUCACUGAAACUUUCCCAAGGGGAUGUGCAUGACUUUUUCAGGGGAGGUGUGCACCUCCCCAAACUUCCCCUCAAAAUCCAGCCAUGCAUGAAACAUGGUAGAACUGAGUAGUAAGGAGUAACAAAUGUUGGAAUCAAUAGACCAUUUCCGAAUUAUGUUGUAAUUGUCAAGAAUAAUAACACUGCUCUCUAAAAACACCCACUCCCACAAACAAUAACCUGAGAAUGAGGCUUCAUUCUAAAUGGACCAUUUGCAUUAUAGACUAAAUUUUGAUCUAGACAAAAAUUUCAUCACAGCUUGAAAUAGCAUCACAAAAUUAGUAAUAUUCCAAAGUUUCGUUGCGAAAUGUUGUAAAAUGCGGAUAAUAUAGCCUUGCGAAGUUUGCCAUUUUUCACUCAUUUUGUAUUACGCACGGGAAUUGACAGCCCAAUCGGGUGUUGGGGCAUCAAUGUUUGUAAUACAAAAUGACUGAAAAUUGCAAAUUUCGCAAGGCUAUAUUAUCCGUAUUUUACAACAUUUCGCAACGAAACUUUGGAAUAUUACUAAUUUUGUGAUGCUCUUUCAAGCUGAUGAAAUUUUUGUUUAGAUCAAAAUUUAGUAUAUAAUGCAAAUGGUCCAUUGUACGGUAAUGUUUCUAUCAAUAACAAAGUUAACACUAAAUAUACUGAACUGUUUCUGUAGUUAUUAUGAUGCAACUGUAGACAGAAUCUCAGAUGAUGGCACGACAUGUACUGUCACGUUAGAACCAUUUGGAAAUACUGAAAUAACAAAGGUAAUACCAUGUUUAUGUGUGUUUAGGCUAGCAUAGCUGCAAAAGUUCCAGAGCCUUGGAGCGAUGUUACCUCCUUUGUCAAAGUUAACAUAACAAUUAUUUUAAAAUUGCAGAUUAACAGGCUUUGCUACUUAUUUUUUCGAUUAUUAGGCUUAUCUCUACUUAUUAAUAUAUGCAGGGUGCGCUAAAUCAUGUGCUUACUUGUAGCUCCAAGUUAGUGAAUGAAUAUCAGAAAUGUGUACUAUUAGUGAUUGACCGAUUGUGCAACAAUCGGAAUUACCGAUUACUCAUCCCACAAUCUGCCAGAAACCGAUGCCGAUUUUGUAGUGACAUCAUAGUAUCAGUCGACCAAGCAAAGGUAACAUCAUUCAUGUCGAUUUUUAAACGAUAAUUUCCAAAUUUAAGAUGUUACUGCAACCAAAGAUUGUCAAAACCGUUAAUAAAUGGCAUGCUACAAACAUGUAUCAACGUGCAAUACAUAUAAUUUUUAAAGUGCGUAUUUCUCAACAAUCGGUUUUGAACAAUCGGAAAUAUAGAUAUCUAUAUCCGAUUGUCUACCGAUAAGGCAAAAAUCAAAGUGAUUGCCGAUUAUCGGUCAAUCAUGAAUCACUAUGACUUGUACUAUAUUAUGUAGGUUUCAACGUUGAAAAAACCUGGCGAACCUGGCGUCAAAAGAGCUGCACCAGUCGACUAUGAGACUAAAGGAGAGGGAAAACAGAAUAAGGAAUUAACCAGGUAACAAGAUGAGUGUUCUGUGUAUCACAUGAAGGGCUAAAACAUAACUAAGUACAUGUAUUGUUUUUCAGGGCGGAGCGUGAAAAACUUAGAGAUAUUAAAAAGAAGAAAGCCCUGAAGAAAAAACAGAAACGAAAGGUAAGAUAUAAAACUCAUUUCUCCUAAGGGCUGUUUAUUGAAGCCAUAUAGUUGGACCAAUGGUUAACACAAAUUGUUUUUUUGUAAUUAUCAGGAAGUGAAUGAGACACGAGAGAAGGAGAAAAGCAAAUGGUUAGAUUUUUUCAACGGACCAAAAGUAAGUACUUCAAAGUAUCUCAGGGUCAGUAGCUCAGGGUUUUUAAAUUAAUGCAUGGAACUUUCAACUCUUAAAUUUUAGGCUGGAGGUAAAAAGAAAGGAAUUUUAAAGAAAAGUAUUUUUGCAUCACCAGAAACCGUUGAGGGGAAGGUAUGGGAAAAUAUUUUACAGUUAUAUUAUAUAUUCAUUUGUAACUAAGGCAAAAACCAAUACCAGCCAACCAAUUUUAAAAAUAUAAAGGUGAAUCAUACCGAAAUAUUAGCAUCUUGAGACCAAGAUAUGAGUCAAAACAAGACAAGUUCGAAUAAAAGCCUGAAAACUAUUUUCCUGUUCAUUAAUUCAGGUUGGCAUUGGCACAUGUGGUAUUGGCGGACAACCGAUGACAAAUUUUACACGACCAGAUAAACUGGUUUACAGGAGAUGAUCUAGACUGGAAACGUACCAAAAUGGUUCGAUCUCAACAUGCUGCUGCAGAUCGAUUUUUUUGCAGAGUGCCAAUAAGAUAGAAGUUCCAGACACACUCUCGCAAAAAUGAGCUAUUCAUGCAACUAACACGUGUUUACUGUCCAUUGCCACUCCGAUUCAAUUUUCAGAUAAGCUGCAUGCCUAGUUACCACUACUGUUCUGGUAUUGCAUUCCACUACCGCUACUUCUCACAGGCUUAAUAGUUCAGUAAUUUUAGCUCAUUUUAAGGCCAAGGUUGGAAAAAAUAUAGUAAAAAGCUAAAAAUUGUUAGAUGCAAUCAUUUAACUAUCCUGAACAAUAUACUAAAAGUCCCCAUGUAUCCUCUUGGAGCUUUUUCCAUUAUGACAAGGUUUUUUUCGAUAUCCGUAUUACUCCCAUAUUGUUAAAAAACGUGAAAUUUCAAGUUCACUCAUAACAAAAAUGACUCGCAUCACUAGAAAGCUCAUAAAAACUACAUAUAAGACAUUUAAACAGUCACCUAAAUUUUUCAAGCGGUUUUCGAGUUAUUGGUGUUCCAAUUGUGAAAAAUAGGCCAAAAUCUGGCAAAAAUUCUGGGUACUAGUCUUCAUAACUCAAGAAUAACUUGCAAAAUCAAGGUAGCCGUUUAAAUGUCUUAUGUGUAGUUUUUUGUAAGUUUUCUAAUGAUGUAACUUAUUUUUCCUAUAAAUGAAUCUGAAAUUUCACUUUUUUAACAAUAUAGGAGUUCAAUAGGGAAAUCGAACAAAAAACUUGUCAUAAUGGAGAAAGCUCCAAGAGGAUACAUGAGGACUUUUAGUAUGUUAUCAAGGUUGCUGAAGAGAGUGCAUACGCUAAUUUUUGGCUUUUUACUAAUUUUUUUCUGACCUAUUUUCUAUUUUGAUUGUACUAUUAAUACGCAUUUGAUUGGUUGGUCUGGUAGUAUAAAUGCAUUUGAUUGGUUAAUGGUAUAGUGGUAGUGGUAUUUAAAAUCAAAACCUCUCUAAUGACUAAUGUAACCAUAGAAUGAACAAAGAUAUAAACCAAGCAUUGAAAAUAUAUAGGGUGUCCCAAAGAGAUAGAAUAGCUGCCAGACCGCUGACAAUGGACAUUUCCCCUUAUAACUAAAAUUUUGAUCUAGACAAAAAUUUCAUCACAGCAUGAAAGAGCAUCACAAAAUUAGUAAUAUUCCAAAGUUUCGUUGCGAAAUGUUGUAAAAUGCGGAUAAUAUAGCCUUGCGAAAUUUGCAAUUUUCAGUCAUUUUGUAUUACGCAUGCGAAAUUGACAGCGCAAUCGGGUGUUGGGCAGGGGCAUCAAUUUCCCGUUUGUAAUACAAAAUGACUGAAAAUUGCAAAUUUCGCAGGGCUAUAUUAUCCGCAUUUUACAACAUUUCGCAACGAAACUUCGGAAUAUCACUAAUUUUGUGAUGCUCUUUCAAGCUGUGAUGAAAUUUUUGUCUAGACUUGUCUAGAUCAAAAUUUAGUUAUAAGGGGAAAGGUCCAUUCAAAAGAAAUUGAGCAAAAAUUUUUUUGCAAGUUGAAAUCCAGCUGUCAAAAUUUCGAUGUCCUUGUAUUAAUAUUAGCUGUGUAAAGAUCUGGCUUUUCCAUGUUUGGGGGGACACCCGGUAUAUGCGAAUGAAUAGACUCUACUGUUUAUCGCACUUUUGCCCCAAGACCUUGUUUAAUUUGCCUAUCGUGUUUCAUGAAUGAACAUGUUUCUCUUUGAUCUUGAGUCAAGUCACAAACCUAUCCCCUUAGACUAUUGUGCACGAAAUACGAGGAAAUGAAUGAAAACGAGGCCAUUGGGCAAGAGUUGCAAUAAACACUAGAGUUUAUGAUGUGGCAAUGGGUGGUUAGAUGGCAUUUAGCAAAAUCUAUAUUUACUAUCAAAAUUGGUGUCCAAACUUUUAUAUAAUUACUUAGGUGCUUUUCAGUAAAUUAUCCCAAAGAUGGGUUAAAGAACUAGUACGUAAUUCGUUCAACCAUAAAUUGCAUGUACAUUUUGUUAUAUAUAAUACCAUUUCAUUGACUAUAAAUUGUAUUUGUGGUAAAAUCUAAGUUCACUAUUUUAAAGCUAUGUAUACCAUAUACAGAUCCGCUUUUUAUUGCGGUUUAAAACCAAAAACGUCUCUAUUUACUCUCUAAUAAGUGUUUCUUUUACACUAUUAUAAUACAUUUAAUACCAUUUAGUCUACACUACAUUAAAACAUAUAUAUUGCAUUAGUUUAUGAUGUAUCUUAUAAUUCUACCAUCUUAUAGUGCAAAAAUAUAAUUAAAAUAUUGCAUGAACUAGGGGUCGAAAUUACAAGUCCAAUCACCUUUUGAUUUUUGAUUAUGCAAAAAUUUGCUAAAAGUUAUCAAGACUGACUUAUCAUAACGUAUACUGAUACUAUAUAGACUGAUAUCAGUCACAUUUUUUUCCACUAUACAAACAGAAUGCCAAGAUAAAGAAGUUUAUAAGUUCUUUGUAUGUUUGCAUGGCGAUAUAAUAGUUUUGUUUGUGGAAACACCACGUAAAUUUAUUAUUGCAAAGCUUUCGAUCCGUAAGCCCGGAUCUGCACUGAUGAAGAUCCGGGCUUACGGAUCGAAAGCUUUGCAGUAAUAAAUUUACGUGGUGUUUCCACAAACAAAACUAUUAUUUACUGUUCAGUCAGACAUUUUACUAUGUACAGAACAGCGUAAAUUCGACCCCAUUUUAUUUUUAAAAAUACCAAUGAUCAAUUUUAAAUUCAAAAUGCUUUAACCUAACCUCAAUCUUAUUUCAUACCUAUACCGUAUUUCCUCUACUAACGUGCGGGGCUUAUUAGCUAGGGAAUGGGGUGUGGGUGGAGUGAGGUGUGGGGUAAAAAGAGGAAUACGGCAUUUCUCAUUUCGUUAUCCGUCUACAUCAUUCAUGAGUGACUUUGUUUUUGGAUAGUGACAAGCACAACAGUUUCGCGCAGGCGGUUCCUUCUCGGGAAGUCCCACACCUGCAUUACUCGAUACAGAUUGUUCUGUUUCUAAAAUCU